AUGGCGACAGAAAAGGUGGAAGGCGUUUCCAUGGAGGAGUCGAGCCCGGGGGUGCAAAAAUUUGCUUCCUCUGGCUCUGACAUGGCGUUGGAAGAGAAAGGCGAAGAGCUUGGUUUCUGGACUCGUUUGGGAUGCACACCGGAGUCGUUCAAGAGACGGCGAUUGACUGGUGGAAAUCAGCUCAACCAGACUCUCAAGUCGCGACAUCUGCAUAUGAUCGCAAUCGGCGGAAGCAUAGGUGCAGGUCUAUUUGUCGGUUCAGGCUCUGCGCUGGCAAAGGGUGGUCCUGCGUCGUUGGUCCUUGACUUUGCAAUCAUCGGCGUGAUGAUGUUCAAUGUCGUGCAUGCGUUGGGCGAACUAGCCAUUCUCUUCCCGGUCUCUGGUGGAUUCUAUACUUACUCUGCCCGCUUCAUUUCUCCAGCGUGGGGAUUUGCGAUGGGCUGGAACUAUGUGUUUCAAUGGCUUGUGGUCCUGCCGCUAGAACUAACCGUGACCUCCCUCACGAUAACGUACUGGAAAGUAGAUGUCAGUGUCGCGGUAUGGAUAACAGUUUUCUUGAUCGCCAUUGUGAUCAUCAAUAUCUUUGGGGUGCUCGGAUACGGAGAGGAGGAAUUCUGGGCCAGUGCGAUCAAACUCACCGCCAUUGUCAUCUUCAUGAUAACCGCCAUUGUGCUCGCGUGUGGAGGCGGCCCAAAGGACGGCCUCUACGGGCAGUACUGGGGUGCAAGGCUUUGGUAUGAUCCAGGGGCCUUCCGCAACGGCUUCAAGGGAUUUUGUUCCGUAUUUGUGACGGCUGCCUUUGCCUUCUUUGGCACGGAACUAGUUGGGCUGGCAGCAGCGGAAAGUAGAACGCCUCUCCAAUCUCUCCCGUCCGCCAUCAAGCAAGUCUUCUGGCGAAUCAUCCUCUUCUAUAUCCUGGGCCUCUUCUUCGUUGGCCUGUUGGUGCGGAGCGACGAUAAACGGCUACUUGGCGCCAACACCUACUCGGAUUCUAAUGCCUCGCCAUUUGUGAUUGCUGCUAAGGAUGCAGGGUUGUACGGCUUCGACAGUUUCAUUAACGUCAUCAUCCUUAUCUCAGUCCUCUCUAUUGGAAACUCUGCCGUGUACGCCGGAUCUCGAACUUUGACAGCCAUCUCCGAGCACGGGUAUGCACCCCGUAUAUUCUCAUACGUCGACAAAGCGGGCAGGCCGCUUUUCUCCACCAUAUUGGUCAUUGUCUUUGGGGGGCUGGCGUACGUGAAUGUUUCUGGGAAGGGACCAGUCAUAUUUGAUUGGUUGCAAGCUCUAUCUGGCUUGACUGCCCUGUUCACCUGGGGAAGUAUAUGUUAUUCGCACAUUCGCUUCCGAGCCGCAUGGGCACUUCGAGGCCGGUCUCUUGACGAGAUUCCCUUCAAGGCCUGUUCUGGAGUAUAUGGAUCGUGGAUCGGCCUAUUCAUCAUCUUCAUUGUCUUCAUUGCCCAG